AUGGUCCGACAACGCUCCUACUAUCGAGCAAAACAGGCAACGAAGUGCGCCAUUCUGAGUGCGGUACUCAUGGCCAACUCUUCGAAAACCAGUGCGGACUCGCGAUUGAGAUUCAGCUUGGAACCGCCGUCGACCCGCGAAGGAAUAGAAGAGUGGAAAAGGGCCAUGAGAGUAAUGGCACGUAUAAGCGGUGGAUUGCCAAGUCCUAUUAGAUGUAAGGUGUGGUCAGCACUAGGUGAUUUGUACAUAGCAUCGGUUGGUUUCGACUGGGAAGAAGUUCGAAACAGCGUCUUCAGCGAAAAGGUUCAGCCGGAUGAUGUCAAAAUCCAUUCACAAAUACUGAAGGAUCUCCACCGGACUGGAUGGAGUGAGUUUGACGAUGAGAAGAAACUCAAGCAAGUGCUGCUCGCAUAUGCUAGGUUUAACAAGAUUGUUGGGUACUGCCAAGGAUUCAAUGUGAUCGCUGCUCUGAUUCUCCAAGUGGUUGAGUAUCGUACCGAUGUCGCCUUGAAGAUCAUGAUCUUCCUGUUCGAGCAUGUCAUGCCUCAAGGGUACUUUGAUCAAUCGCUUGGAGCUCUUUCUGUCGAUAUAAUCGUAAUGAAGGAUCUUAUGAAGCAAAGGAUACUUUUUGGCAUUUUGCCCGCUUUGUUCGUCUUCCUUGCUAUCUUAAAUGUGGUCCUUCAGUUGCACAAAGAUCCUGAUUGUCUAUGA